CUCUCCUUCUCCCCACCUCGCUUCGCCCUCCUCUUGCUCUUUGCAUCCACACGCCGACACGCGCGCGAGGAGAUUUUUCAUCUCGCCGAUCGGAUCGAGUCGAGUAGCUAGCGGAGAGAGCAUGGCGGACUCGGAGGAUGGAGAUCACGUUGCGACGACGACGACGGAGCAGCGCUACGACGACGACGGGCACCUCGUCCCCAGCAGCGGCGGCCAGGAGGAGGAGGGAUCCGGCGGCCGCGACGUCGUCGUCCCCGGCGGCCACGUCGCUGAGGAUUACCGCUCUGGCGUUGGCGUCCCCGUCGGCCGAGACGCAGGCGGCGCCACCUCCUCCCCGCCGCAGCCAGUCCACGUCACCCCGAGCAUCCUCGUCGGCAGCAUCCACGCGCCGGUCUUCCAGGGCGAGCUCGUCGGCAUGAAGUUCGGGGUCGGGUCAGGCUCCAUGGGUGCCGGCACCAGCGCGACCAGGCGCCUCCCCGCGACCGGUUUUGGUGCUCUGCCGACCAGCAGCAUGGCGGAGGAUAGUGCCGACCACGCCGACGACGACCACCUCGCCGAGGAGGAGGAGGAGGAGGAGGAGGAGCACUACAUCGACGACGGGCCCCUCGUCCCCAGCAGCGGCGGCCAGGAGGAGGAGGGAUCCGGCGGCCGCCACGUCUUCGUCCCCGGCGGCCACGAUGGUGAGGAGGACCACCCCGACGACCUCGUCGCCGACCUCGACCUCGACCUACUCGUCGACGGCGUAGUCGGCCCUGUCCCCGGUGGCCACCUCAACGCAGAUGCCCCCGCCUUCGUCCCCACCACCCGUGGGCGCCAGGACCUCUAUUCCGCCCUCUCCUCAUCCGCCCCCGCCGCCGGUUACCGGUACCGCCACUACAUCACCUCGUCCGCGCUCGCAGAAGCCGGCCACGUGUCCCCAUUCCUCGGUCUCCCGUACGCCACGGCCUUCGAUUCUCCGCUCGACCGCGAGUUGGUCGGCCCGUCGUCAGCGCCGCCGCCGUGCUCCGCCGCUAGCCGUGCCUGGUUAGUGCGCUGUUCCUCACCGCUCUCCGACUCCGAGUGGACUCGGCGUUCGAUCCUGGCGCGAGAGGCUGCACACACACCGGCCUCCACCGUCACUGGGCGUGGGCGGUUCGAGUUCGUGCCCAUUCCCGGCGCACCCUAUGCUCCGCCGCCGUCAUUCGCCCCCAUCGCCGCCGGAGCUGGACCAGCAGCGCGACCGCUACAGCAGCUGGCAUUCGGACUGGAGGAACACAAGACGAAGCUGUGCGCGGAAUAUUAUUCCCGUGGGCUUGGUUGUCCUCGUGGCAACACAUGCAAGUACGCCCAUGGAGAAGAUGACCUGCGUUUGGUGGUGGCGGUGAGCUCUCUAGCCGACGCCGGUGAGGGCUCCUCGUCCUCGGAUUCGUCCUUCGCCGCUUUGGGAGGGGAAGACAAGUACAAGACGAAGCUAUGCAAGACGUUCACGAGUGGUGGAUUAUGCCUGUUUGCAGCCAACUGCAGGUUCGCGCAUGGGGAGGUGGAGCUUGGGAAGAAGGAGCCGUGCUGGUAUUUCUUCUCCGGUCAGACCUGCCCCCGCGGUGACACCUGUGGUUUCCGGCAUUCCUACUAGGCCAUUGUCUUCGCAUCGAUCAGUUACAUUUAUCCCACCAAUAGCAAAGCGCAAGGAAUGGGAGCAGUAGAUUGAUCGAUUACCUUUGCGUGCACGAGAUA